UGAUAAUCUUUCUGCAUGAUUAACCGAUGAAAAAUCCACAACUGACUGAUAACGAACUAUCAAAUUUUAGAACUCGUCGCCAUCAUUCUCAUUUGGAAUAAUGUGGUAUGAUAAUCCUAGUAGUCAAGAGUUCUUAUCUGUUCGAGGAAAACGUCAGUAGGAAAGACCAACAAGAAAUCAAAACAGUAUCUGUGAGCAGCAGAGACACAAACUCUUUCCGGUAAAAAUCUUUAGACAGUGAUGGAUUCUCUUCUCCAAUUCCUGUUGAUUUUGUUCUCCACCCUCCUUGCUCUUUUAUUCUCUGUUUACUUUUAUGGCUUAAAGAGACCAACAACUGGUAAGGCAAGAAGCUUCAGUAGUGCGCCCCAAGCUGGAGGUGCCUGGCCAAUAAUUGGCCACAUGCAUCUCUUUGGUGGCAAGCAACUGACUCACAAAAUACUGGGUGCCAUGGCUGAUAAGUAUGGACCAGUGUUUACUAUCAAGCUAGGUUCACAUAGAGUUUUGGUUGUGAAUAGUUGGGAAAUGGCCAGGGAUUGUUUCACCGUGCAUGACAGAGCUUUCUCCAGUAGACCAAGCAUUGCUGCCUCAAAACUGCUUGGCUAUGACUUGGCUAUGUUUGGCUUUGCUCCUUAUGGGCCUUACUGGCGUGAGAUGCGCAAAAUAACUACAAUUGAGCUUCUGUCAAGCCACCGGAUUGAUAUGCUGAGGCACAUACGAGCUUCAGAAGUAGAGACUGCUAUAAGAGAUCUUCAUAAGAUGUGGGUCAGCAAAGGCAGUGCAGAAAGUGGAGUUACGGUGGAUAUGAAGCAAUGGUUUGGAGAACUGACACUUAAUAUUGUUUUGAGAAUGGUGGGAGGGAAGCGUUAUUUUGGACCAAGUGCUGAUGGCGAAGAGGCAGAGGCACGAAGAAAUCAAAAGGUUAUGAGAGACUUUGUUCGUUUGUUUGGGGUUUUUGUGCUGUCUGAUGCAAUACCAUUUCUUGGUUGGUUGGACUUUAAUGGAUACGAGAAAGCCAUGAAGAGAACUGCUAAAGAGCUGGACAUUCUUGCCGGAGGAUGGCUGGAAGAGCAUAAACAGAGGAGAUUGUUGGGUGGGAAGGAGAAGCAAGAACAGGAUUUUAUGGAUGUGAUGCUGAAUAUCUUGGAAAAGGCCAAUAUUGGCGGUUUUGAUGCAGAUACCAUUAACAAGGCUACUUGCCUGAAUGUAAUUUUGGCAGGAAGUGACACCACCAUGGUCACUCUGACAUGGGCAUUGUCUUUACUGCUCAACAAUCCCCAGGUGCUAAAGAAGGCUAAAGAUGAACUGGACAUCCAUGUUGGUAAGGAUAGACUAGUAGAUGAAUCUGAUAUAAACAAUUUGGUCUAUCUCCAAGCAAUUAUCAAGGAAACACUGCGUUUGUAUCCGCCCAGCCCACUAAUCGCCCAUCGUUCUGCAAAGGAAGACUGCACUCUCUCAGUUGGCUACCACGUUCCCUCUGGCACGCGCUUGAUGGCAAAUGCCUGGAAAAUUCAACGUGAUGAGCGUGUAUGGCCGAAUCCUGAUGAGUUCCACCCUGAAAGAUUCUUGACUAGCCAAAAGGAGAUAGACCUUAAAGGGCAGAAUUUUGAACUUAUCCCAUUUGGUUCAGGAAGAAGGUCGUGCCCUGGCAUCGCGCUAGCCCUCAGGAUAGUCCAUUUUACUCUGGCUAGAUUGUUGCAUAGUUUUGAAGUCACUAAGCCAUCAAGGGAAGAUGUGGAUAUGACUGAGAGCCAUGGCUUGACGAAUUUGAAAGCUACCCCACUUGAAAUUCUCCUUAUCCCACGUCUGAAUCCCAGGCUUUAUGGAUAGUGGGUACUGAGAACUGGUGCAAAAUUUCUGUAAGAGGAAGUGCUAUGCAGCGAGCAAGAGCUGCCCAAUAUUUUCAGAGAUCCUACUGUGGAACAACCAAUGUCAGGUUUCUAUGACUAAUAUUAAUAUUAAAACCCACUGGAUAUCUAA